AUGCUGAGCGUCAGAGAGCAGGUAGCGGAGAAACUACAUUUGACAUCGCGCAAGAGGAACUGUAUACUAGGCAAGAACUCUGACAUGGCGCUCGAAAUGCAAGAGAAUGCGGGGAGAAACAUGCACUCGCAGUAUUCCCCACGAGAUAGCGACAGGCCCCGGAAGCGGAUCGAGAAGGUGAUCGAGUUAAUUGAGGUCGAUGGAAAGAAGGUGAGCAAAACAGCAACUGGGAAGCGUAAAUUCCACAACAAAUCCAAGAACGGCUGUGACAACUGCAAGCGCCGACGCGUAAAAUGCGAUGAAGGUAAGCCUGGCUGCCAAAAAUGCCUUAAAAUGCGACUGAGUUGCGUGUAUACCCCGGCCAAGCCUCGGAAAAAGAAGGACAGGGACGUGGAGACUGUGAUCAAGUAUGUGACACGAGGUAAUGAUGAGAAGGAUGACGGGGACGUAGACACUGUUAUCAAGUAUGUGACUCGCGGUAAUGACGAGAAGGAUGAUAGUAGAGAUGAGCUGGGCCAGCAGGAUAAUCAGAAUGCACCGCUUGCCGCAAACCUGGCUGUUUCAGGUAGCCAGAUAGAGGGCGCUGUUCCACAGACUUCGCCGUCUGUUACGCCCGAUGCGUCGCUGUUACCGCCUCUCUUUGUUGGGCAGAACUCGCAACAGUUACAGCAGCAAUUGAUGCAACAGCCGCAUUUGCUUCCCCAGUUAAUGACAUUAUCGAAUUCAGAAAGAUUCGCCACUUUCGAACUGCCCAACAGUCCCAUACCAUUACAAGCAACCGCCAUGAACACCACUAACAGUAUUAAUUCGGUGUUUACUAAUACGAGAUUUGCUUCGAAUCUUCUGCAACAGAUAUCCCAGUCUCCAGACCAGGCAGACUUGAGCUCAUCAGUAUCAAAAAAUGGGAUAAACCUCAAGCAGUUUGGAGGCCCUUUCCCGUCAGCUGGAAUUGGAGGAGUCACGUAUGACUUCCAAGAAUUAAUUGGAAUAAAGGCGAUGACCACGAAAGAACCUGAAGUGACUUCCCAGCAACAACAGAUAAGCAACGUUGUUACGGGGAACACCUCUAUGCUCUCUAAACAACCGCUGGUUCAGUGUUCUUCGCUUGAGCAGCAGCAUUCGAGGGCUUCCGGUAGGAGCACGCAACACCAACCAAGACAAGCACAGCAGCGACACUCCGGCUCGCAACCUGACCAUCAACACCGCCACCAACAACUUCAGCAGUCACAUAUGCCCCAGCUGCAAGAUGUUCAAAUCCAACAAACUGCUGCGCAGCAGAGCCCCUCCAUACCUGUGCAAGAUUCGCUGUCUCAGCGAGGACAGUCAUCCGCGACGGCCGUUUUAUCAAGUCUUGGCAGUAAUGGCGGAUCUGCCAACAUGAUGGACAACCCAACCAUCUCGCCCAUUGUUCUUCCAAUGUCUCCGAUGUCAAAGGCAAGUGAGUCCGUCCUCGUAAACAACACAUCUUCAACAGGCGUUGGAGACGUAUCCAACUCUGCGUCACGAGCAGCAGCGGGCGCCAAGACACAGCAGAACACUUCCACACGCAGGGAUUCUAUUUCCGCAUCAGAUAACCAACUAUCCGAGGAUACUGACGGACAGAUGUGUACCUCUGAUGGCUGCGGUAUUCUAUCAUUUAGCAAGAUUAUUGAAUUCACCCAGAACAGCACGUUGAAUUUGGUUGAUCUACGGCUUUUCCACCACUAUUGUACCAAGGUAUGGCCGACGAUAAUCUCAGCAGGUAUCAGUGAACAGCAUAUCUGGUCUGAGCAUAUACCAGAACUGGCUUUCAGAUAUCCAUUUCUCAUGCAUGCUCUCCUGGCUUUUAGCGCCACCCAUCUUUCCCGGACAGAGGUCGGCCUUGAGCCAUUCGUUGCAUGCCAUCGUUUGGAAUCUCUCAAAUUGCUGCGCGAAGCAGUGCUGCAAAUAUGUGAAGAAAACACAGACGCGUUGGUCGCCAGCGCACUGAUACUAAUCAUGGACUCGCUUGCCAACGCAGCGUCUCCCAACCCCGCCAUAUCCAGCGCCGCUAUCUCCCCCUCUGCGUGGAUUUUCCACGUCAAGGGCGCCGCCACCAUACUCACGGCCGUCUGGCCGCUGACCCCGACAUCAAGGUUCUACAAUCUCAUCAAUGUUGAUCUUAGCGACCUAGGGGACAUCAUCAACAGCGACAAUGGCACGGUAAGCGAGCUCGUCUGCUUCGACAACAGCAUUUCUGAUCUUUAUCCCGUGGAGAUCGACUCUCCCUAUCUGAUAACCCUGGCCUACCUGGACAAGUUACACAAAGAGAAGGACCGUUCGGGCUUUAUACUCCGUGUAUUUGCUUUUCCAGCUCUGCUGGAUAAGACCUUCCUUGCUUUGCUGAUGACCGGCGAUCUCGGUGCCAUGCGCAUCAUGCGUAGCUAUUACAAAUUGCUGCGCGGUUACGCCACGGAAAUGAAGGAUCGCGUCUGGUUCCUAGAGGGGAUGACACAGGUGCUACCGCAAGAUGUAGACGAGUACAGUGGGGGUGGCGGCAUGCAUAUGAUGCUAGACUUCCUCGGUGGAGGCUUACCUUCGAUGACUACCACCAACUUCACCGAGUUCGUAUAUAAUGAGUAA